AUGAGCAACGACGCGUGUGUUAAUGCGGCCUCAGCCUCGACAGGGCUGAGCUAUACCAGGCCGCGGGCGGCUACAGCAUCAGGUUCUAGCAGUGAAGCCAGCAGCGUGAAGGUGGUGCACGCGGUCUUGACUAAGGUGCGGCGGCUGGUUGCGGAGGCGGGUGGGCGGUACCCCGAGCCCUUCACCCUUGAGCUGGGCAGCAAGAACCCCCUGAUUGUGGAACCAGACUCUGACCUGGACCUGGCGUUUCAACCGCCCAGCAGCCAGGACGUGAUCUUCUUCCACCAGGGCCAGGUCUGCUGCGCGGGGAGCCGUGUGUUUGUCCACGAGGCGGUGUAUGAUGUGUUUGUGGCCAGGUCAACACGCGCAGCGCAGGACAGGCCUGUGGGCAACCCCUUUGAGGCCGAGGUGCUGCAGGGGCCGCAGGUUGACAGCGCCGAGUUCAACAAGGCGAUGCGCCACAUCAACCUUGGACGCACAGAGGGCGCCCGCCUGGCCGCCGGCGGCCGCCGCGUCCGGGACAAGGGCUUCUUUGUGGAGCCGACCGUGUUCACUGGGGGGCGGGAUGACAUGACCAUCGCCAGGGAUGAGACCUUUGGCCCAGUGCAGUCCAUCAUGAGCUACAAGAGCCUGGACGAGGUGCGGAAGCUGGUGAUCAAGCGCGCCAACGCAACGCCCUCAGGCCUGGCGGCCGGCGUCUUCAGCUCCAACCUGGACACGGUCAACACCCUGGCGCGCGCCCUCAAGGGCGGCACAGUCGCCGUCCCCAUCAGGAGCUACAAGGACAGCGGCAUGGGGCGUGAGAAGGGGGAGGACGCCCUGCAGCACUACACGCAGGUCAAGGCCGUGGUGCAGCAGCUGAGGGGCGCGGCGGGGAUAUGA